ACCUUAAGUAAUGAAUGAAUACUCACCUGACCAGCUUUUCUUUCCUUUGAAUUUUAAGAGCUUUUAGGGAGGUGUUAAGGUAUCAGAUAUCAACAUAAUGAUGACGCCAUGAAAUGAUACAUUGACACUGUAAAUAAGUAGUGGGCGGGGCAUACGUGGAAACAGACAGGUGGCUCGAGGAAACUGGAUUUGCUACAGUUUACUGUAGACGGAAAUAUCGUGAAAGAAAAUCUACAAGACAACAUGCCAGGGUUAGAUUAUAAGUUUCUGGAUCGACCGAGGAGGAGGUUGUAUUGUCCUUUGUGUAAUAAACCGAUGAGGGAUCCUGUGCAGGUGUCUACAUGCGGACACAGAUUUUGUGACACCUGUCUGCAGGAAUAUCUCAGUGAAGGAGUGUUCAAGUGCCCUGAAGACCAGCUGCCUCUGGAUUAUGCCAAAAUUUUUCCAGAUCUGGAGUUGGAACAGCAGAUUCUUGCUCUGCCCAUUCGCUGCAUUCACAGUGAGGAGGGCUGCCGAUGGGCCGCACAGAACAAACUGCUCCAGGCUCAUCUGUCCGUGUGUGAGUUUAACGUGGUGCCGUGUCCGAACCGAUGCCCGAUGAAGCUGCUGAGGCGAGAGCUGCCCGAUCACCUGCAGCAUGACUGCGUUAAGAGAAAGCUGCACUGCGAUCACUGCGGUGACCAAUUCACCGGUGAUGCAUAUGAGAAUCACCAGGAUGAUUGUCCGGAGGAAAGCAUCUACUGUGAAAAUAAAUGUGGUGCUCGUAUGGUGCGCAGACUGUUGACCCAACACUGUGCGUCUGAGUGCCCGAAACGCAAGCUGCCCUGCAGAUACUGCAGAAAAGAGUUUCUCUAUGAUACCAUUCAGAAUCAUCAGCAACAGUGUCCACGGUUCCCAGCGCAAUGCCCGAACAGAUGCGGCACACCCGGAAUCACCCGAGAGAACAUCACCACUCAUAUAAAGGAAGGCUGCAACACUGUUAUGGUCCUCUGUCCAUUUAAAGAGGCUGGCUGCAAACACAGGUGCUCAAAAACCGCAGUGGCGCGACACCUUGAGGAGGCCACAAACUCCCAUCUUUCUCUCCUGUGUGGUCUGGUGAACCGUCAGAGACUGGAGCUCAGGGAACUCCGGCGUGGAGUGGAGGAACUCUCCGGAAACCGUAAUGGAACCCUUCUCUGGAAGAUCACAGAUUACGCCCUACGACUGCAGGAGGCCAAGAGCAGGACCGAUGGGAGCCUGGAGUUGUUUAGUCCCGCCUUCUAUUCCCAUAACUACGGUUACCGUCUGCAACUGUCCGCCUUUCUCAAUGGGAACGGCAGCGGGGAGGGCACACACCUAUCCAUCUACAUUCGAGUUUUACCAGGAGAGUAUGACGGCCUGCUAGAGUGGCCCUUCCCGUACCGCGUCACCUUCUCGCUCCUGGAUCAGAGCGACCCGGCGCUCACCAAACCUCAGCACAUCACAGAGUCCUUCAGCCCGGAUCCUAACUGGAAAAACUUCCAGAGGCCUCGACCAGGAGCUAUGGGAAGUGUUCGUGCGGGCUGUCUGGAUGACAGCAUGCUGGGGUUCGGCUAUCCUAAAUUUAUCUCCCAUGAGGAGAUGAGGAAAAGGAACUAUAUCAGAGAUAACGCUGUAUUCAUUAAAGCCUUCAUAGAUGUGGUCCAGAAGAUAAUGAACUGAGGUGUUUGAAAAGGUAAAGGCGAAUCUCGAAUGGCUUUUUACAUUUUGAUUGAAAAUGGGGAUGAAAAUGACUGCAUAAUUUUACUGUUUAAAUAUGAUCAGGCCUCUUGCCACAGAUGAAGGAUAAUUAAUCACUGCUAAUAUUUCACAAAAUUUGUGUAUUUGCUUUGUAAUUGACACGUACAGUAUCUUCUUUGUAACAUUUUUGUUUUAAAAAAAGUAAACAAUGAAACUUUUAAAAA